CUCCUAUUCCAUUGAAGAAGGAGGCUUGGGGAAGUCAGCAGCGGCUGUUCUUACUUCCCGACAAUAGCAGCACACCCCAUUCUCACAACCCUCGCGGAGGCGACCGAACAGAACUCUUCAGGAGCCAAGGCUUGCAGGGAGGACAAAGGAAACCCACUUGACCCUAAAGCCCUGCCAACACACUUGCAGCCAAAAUGGCCGAAGAUGCUGAUAUGCGCAAUGAGUUGGAAGAAAUGCAGCAGCGUGCUGACCAGAUGACUGAUGAGUCACUCGAAAGCACCCGUCGUAUGCUGCAGCUUGUUGAAGAGAGCAAAGAUGCUGGUAUCAGGACCUUGGUUAUGUUGGAUGAGCAAGGAGAACAACUCGAUCGUGUUGAAGAAGGCAUGAACCAUAUCAACCAAGACAUGAAGGAGGCCGAGAAAAAUUUAAAAGAUUUAGGGAAAUGCUGUGGCCUUUUCAUAUGUCCUUGUAACAAGCUUAAAUCAAGCGAUGCUUAUAAAAAAGCCUGGGGCAAUAAUCAAGACGGGGUUGUAGCCAGCCAGCCUGCACGUGUUGUGGAUGAGCGAGAACAGAUGGCCAUCAGCGGUGGAUUUAUCCGCAGGGUAACAAAUGAUGCCCGAGAAGGUGAGAUGGAUGAAAACCUGGAGCAGGUCAGCGGCAUCAUUGGAAACCUCCGUCACAUGGCCCUGGACAUGGGCAAUGAGAUUGACACACAGAACCGCCAAAUUGACAGGAUCAUGGAGAAGGCUGUUUCCAAUAAAACCAGGAUCGAUGAGGCCAAUCAACGUGCAACAAAGAUGCUGGGUAGCGGUUAGAUGUGCCCAAGUGCAGAUUCUCCUUCUCAAUACUGUCCCCCCCCUGAGGACAGCACUUUCAUGCUUUUUCUCAUGGUAUUUACCAACUAGGUUUGCACACAUGCACAGAUCAACCCACCCCCAUCCCUCUUCUGCUCUGCCCCCACCACACCCUGGUUGUAAAUGUUGUCCUGUGUAGGUUGUCAGCUUUCCAAAAAUGAUACCUGUAAAUUAUUUUUAUUUUCCAGAUCUCUUUCUUUCCAAAGGUUGUAUAUAGUACUGACUUGAUGGCUACAGCUCAUAACAAAGUUCUGUUUGGGGUUUUAUCACCCCUUCCCUCCCCACUUUCUUUUCUUUUCUGUCUGUUUUUGAUUUUUUAAAAAAAACAACAACUUUAUGAUGUUUUUGCUGAAUGACAAAAAACAUAUGUAGGAAUGCUCGACGUGCUGUUAAACUUUUAACUAUACAGUAUUGUUCUUGUAAAACUGUUAACAUUCCACAGAGCCACUCCCAGGAGUCUUUUCUUCGGGUUUCAUGUCGUUUAAGCACUUAAGAAUUUGGUGUUCUCUCUCCUCUCUCUUUCAGUUCUCCAUUGCUCUCAUCAGUUGUUCUGAGUUCAUGAUUAGACAGUGUGAAAUUCUAUAACUUAUAACAAGCAUUGCACUAAAGCAAAAAAAGUGAUGUGAUUUAUGCAUUUAUUGCAUGAAAAAUAGACUUUUAGACUCCUUAACUUAAGUGACACUUUUCCAUGGCAGUAGCGACAUCAACUACGACAAAAGAAAAGAAAACCUUUUUUUUUUGUAGCAUGCUCCGUACUGGGACACUGUCAGGACUAUGUUAUAAUACCAGCAAGUUUGCAGUAGUGCCAUUUAUUUCUUCUUGUUAAUAUAUAUAUAUAUAUAUUAUAUAUAAAAAUAUAAAUAUAUAUAGUUAUGAGCCAUGUUCAUUUCUUUUUCUUCUUCUUUUUUCUUUUCUAAUUUUAAUUUCAAAGGAGAUGGAUUUGGCAUUCAUUUAACCAUUGCCAGCAAAUUAACAGUUUGGCUGAUACUAUUGUCAAGGACAAAAAAAAAAGCAUCAACAAAUAAGAAAUAGGUGUAAUAUAUAGAGUUUGUCUGCUGCUUUCAAAGACUUUUCAGGGGGGAGGGAAUGGCUAUCAUAUGAAAUGUUGCAGAGAAAUGUAAUUUUUAUAAGGCUCUCUCUAUCUUUCUAGCAGCUCUCUCUUUCUUGCUGUCUCUCCAUUUCUCUCUCUUUCUCUCUCCCCCCCCCAUGUAGUUUGUAAUUGGUACAGUUCUCUGUUGCUUACCUAGAGCUAUGCACACCAAAAUCACUGCAAUGUUUAGUAGCUGUUAUUAAUUAAAAAAUAAAAUGAAAUAAAAAAUUACCUAUGUGAAUGAAAUCUAGAUAAAACUGUGAGAUUAAAUAUA